CAGCGUCUAGCGUCUUCCCAUGCAACCCUGAUCGGAGGGUAUUGUUAGAACUGAAAGAAGCGCCAUUCGCAAAAAAAAAUGAAAUAGAUUCCAGUGCAAAAGAAGAAUUUCCCAAUAGUAUUAAUUAUUCUAUAAAUACCAAUAUCGUUGUGCAUCAAGGCUGAUACUUUUUCACAGUAAACGCGAUUUGCAAUCCAAAGCGCGGGCCCAAACAACGCCUAGGUAUUUUUGCGCAUCCCCACUACGUUCACGCUACUGCGGCGGCAGCAUUUUUGCUACAAAAUUAGAAUCUUUCUGUGAAAAAGAAAAGUUAAGUGGCUUGCUUGAACAGUGCAAAUGGAUAACGUUGUGGUAUUUAGUGCCCAGAACUGAUUUUUAUUGUUCGCGAGGCUUCCCUUUCUAAAACCGAAGCACUUGCCGGGGUCCUUUUUCUGCAGAGAUUAAAAACGACGCACAAAAAAACUGAAAAUGGAGGAUAUCGAAUAUUUGGACGAGUACAAAGAUUUAGUGCUGCCAGGAAUGAAAAUUGGCGAUGUGCGUGCAUCAUCAGCAGCUGCGCCGGCAUCGUCUUCCGGUGCCCCCCGACGGCGUCGAAUAUCAUCUGACUCGAGCAACUCCUCGUCGAUUGAUGCCGACAUAUUCCAGAAGCUGUUCCACGGCAAGAUCAUCGACGAUGAACUUUUCAAUGAAAGUGAAGUAAAGCCGAAAGGUAGGCAUCCCUUAACCUCCUCCUCCAGUGACGACUCAAAUGAUGCCUUGGACGCGCUGUUCAAUACACGCAGAGGAGUAAAAGCGAAGCCUCACAAGCGCCGUGAGCGCUACGAGUCCUUCGAUUCAGGGGAUGAUUUGGGCGAAACCUUGAUGCGAAACUCACAUCGGCCGACUGUACUCUCCAAGCCCAGUACUUCACAGGCAGGUGCCGGUUUCGGGAGCCACCAGCUAAGUAAAGCCACUGGAGCCGCAUCCACUAGCAAAUCUCACUCCGGAGGGGCUUCCUCCAGCAAAUCGGCUGCUGGCACCUCCAAAUUUGGCGCAAAGGGCUCUAGCUCUGUUGGAAAGCAGUCAGAUCCUGUGAACGGCAACGGCAGUGGCCAGCACAAGUCUGUCACCAUAAUAAAGGCCACAAAGACAGAUUUGCGGCCGCCAAAGCACGAACCCAAAACAGAUCCACUGAAUUUGAGGGAAUUCUACGAGGAAUCGGACAGCGACUCGUCGUACGAAUACGAAUCAGACUUCUAUGGAGAUGGUGACUCUGAGGAUGAAGACGCCGAGCCCGUGAUUGACAUUUCAACGGACACGAGCAGGACCACCUCAGUAGCGGACACCGUGACACCUGUUGUUUCCGACGACGAGGGCCUGGAGCAGCUGAGUGGGCCGAGUGAGCUGAAUAAGCUGAAAGAGCGGGAGCCGAUGUUGAGUUGCGCCAAUGAGCGCUUGCUAUCGUAUUUGAAUAAUCUCAGUUGCGCCGAGGCGCCACCGAUCUAUAAGAAACAGAAUAGUGCUAGGAAACCACGUUCCAAUGAAAAGAAACCUUCCUCAUCCACCGAACAGGUUAAGCAUGCCAUAGAGCAACCAGCGGCCAGUGGCAAAGAGGAGAAGGAGCCUGAGCCGUCGACCAGCGCUCCCAACAGCUCCUCCGCCAACCGCAAGCUAUAUGACAUUGAUGAAAGCCUCACACUCGAGACGCUGGAGCGGAUGAGCCUUGACCUGGCAGAGCAGAUAAUGGAGAUCGAUGUUGAGCGUUCCUAUGAAUUUGAAAAGCGCUCCGGCUCCAAGCCGCGCAGUUCAUCCAAAUCGAAGCAAUCGGCAGACCCAUCGAGUAAUCUCAGUCAGAGUCAUGUGCGCAAGCUCACCUACUCCAGCGAACAGCUGGAUAACUGCGAGUCAGAGAGGCAACAACUGCGUCGGGCUAAAAGUGAAUCAACAUUCUCCAAGCAAAAGCGCGGCAAGGGACAAAAGCGCAGCAAAAAUCGAGCUGCUACCACGGAGGAAAAGGUGGGGACACCGCAAACAGGGGAAACUACGGUAGUGAAGAGGAAACGAGGGAGACCCCGUAAACAUUUCCCAAAAGAACCUGAAGUUUCUGUGUCAGCUUCUGAGAAUAAAAAAGAUUUGGAGGAGGCCGAGGAGCCAAGCACUAUUAUAGAUACUAAGGAAACGGAGGGGCCAAAGGACACAGCGGAAGAGUCGAAAGAGGAGGUGGAGCCAAAGCCUGAAAAAGUAGAGGAAGAGUUAGAUAACGCCAAAGAGUUAACGGAAUUUACAACCUCGUCCCAGAAGGAUAUUAACAUGACAGUAGCUGAGGAUCUCAAAAGUGCUCUGAAUGAAGAUUUGGUGGAGCCUGAUAUAGAAUCGGCGGAGAGCACUGAAAACGGGCCGCAUCCGGCACGGAACACACCAACUGAAUCGCUAGAUGAGGUGAACUCCAAUGAUAGCGAGUUGAACCAAACUGUAACUGAUGCCCCUGAAAUAAAGGAUAAAGAAAUCUUGUCAAAGAAUGAUGAGCCAGCUGUAGAAAUGGAAGCUCAGGAGGACCCACCCAAAGAAGAUGAUGUUGGGGAACCAUCGAGUAUUGAAGAUUCUUCUAAAAAUUGUAAUGAUGUAGAAAUGUCGGUUGUUUUGGGUGAUGCCAUGGACGUUUCUGCCAAUCUUGAAGUCGCGGAGGAAACCCAAAACAUGCAGGAGGUUAGCGACUCUCAGCUUGCUGAAGACAUCAAACUGGCGGAAGAGAUCCUCGCCGCCGAAGUCGGAAAGGGAGUUGAAGUAACCGAAGCCACUGGUACCUCGGUUCAAGGGCAAGAAGAUCCGGUAACUGAGAUAGUCAAGGAGUUAGAGCUGGAGACUAUUUCGGAAGUGGUAGAGAAGUCUGAAGAACAAACUGCACUGGCAGAGCAGACCCCACUCAACGAGGAAUCUCCAUACGAAGUAAAUCCCCCAGUUUCCGAAGAGGAACCUCUUACCGAGGAGAGCCCUCUAGUUGGCGAAGCGCCCUUGGCACCAGGAGAACUCAUUCCAAAGUUAGAUACUCAAACGCCAUUAUCCCCAGCUGUCACACCAAAGAAAUCGGAAGAAACGGCUUCGGGAGAGAGCUCUGUGGCUCGUCGCACUCUGCGGUCGGAUAGGCCUCGAUCUAGUCCUCUGCAAGAUUCUACUCCCGUUAAGGAACACGAAAGCCGUUCCAAGCGACCGAUUAGGAGCGACAUAUCAUCUAUUUUGGAAGAGCCAUCGAGGAGGAACAGCCCAAGACUCGGAAGGUCGCCAGCGGAGAGCCAAGAUCGGUCGCCGGCGGAGAGAAAGGCGACUCCGUCCAAGAUGGCUGGGGAGAAAUCUGCCAAGAAAACUAAGAGAGGUGUAGACAGCACACCGGCUUCGAAAAAUAAGACUGACCAAAUAAAUGCGAAGAAGGAGGACGAAAAUACUUUAGAGGAUGAAAAGCCCAACCCAAGUGAGACUGAAACUGAGAAACCUGAAAAGGGUAAAAGUUUGAAGCCGAGAAAGUCUUGUAGCUCUCAGAGACCGCUGUCGAGUAAGUCGCCAAAGCCUGAUGGAGAAAAUGUACCUUCUUCAGACACCGAAAAGGUGAUGGAAGACAGUAAGGCUGAAGAAACCCAAAGUUCUGAAUCAGAGAAACCUGAAAAGGGUAAAGCUUUGAAGUCGCGAACUUCCUACAGCUCUCAAGGACCACUUUCGAGCAAAACUCCAAAUCCUGAUGGAGAAAAUGUACCUUUAGACACCGAAAAGGUUAUGGAUGGUGAGGAAGUAAGUAACGCUGAAGAUGCUCUCGGAAACGAUACCCAAAGUUCUGUAUCGAAGAAGCCAGAAAAGAGUAAAAGUUUAAAGCCGAGAAAGUCUCGUAGUUCUCAGAGACCACUGUCGAGUAAGUCGCCAAAGCCGGAAGGAGAAAAUAUACCCUCAGGCACUGAAAAGGUUACAGAUGAUGAGAAAGUAUAUAAAUCUGAAGAGUCUAUUGAUAAAGAUAUCCAAAGUUCUAACAAAACAGUGGAAGAAACACCGGAAAGUUUGGAAGAGAAACCAGUUAAGAGGAGCAAAUCUCGAAAAGGGCGAAAGAAAGAAACUAAAGUGCUUUCCGAUCAGCAGACAGUUGGGGAUGCAUCUGAGAACCCCGAAGGAAAAGAAGCCACAAGACUUACACCCAGUAUCCCAGAUGAUAACACCCCUAAAGAAAAUAAUUUAGAAACUAAAAAUAUAGAGGAAAUCCCAGAAAGUAAAAUGGAAGCGCCUGCAAAGAAACCUGGCAGGAAGACUCCCAGCUCAAAAUUGACAUCGGAGAGAUCGAAGAAUCUGUCGAGAUCCAGUAACCGGGAUUCGGAUGUGCCGUCUGAUAAGGAGGAGAAGGUAACAGGCAGAUUGAGUCGCAGAGACAAGGCAUUGUUGGAGAAUUCCGAAACUCCGAAGCCAUCUCCUUCGUCCAGAAAGAAAAAGAAGCCGAAAGAAGAGGCAGUCGAUGAGUCCAAGGAAAAAUCUAAGGAAAGGCAGAAAGGAAAUCAUAAAGAAAAAUCUGACAGUGACAAGAAAACAAAAGUAAGCCUUGAUAAAACAGAACCUCAGCCCGAAAAACUUAUGUCAAACGAGACAAAAAUGGAAGAGAUCCAGGAUUGUAAGGUUAAAAGCGAAGAUGAGGUUCCGUCCAGUGCCAAGGAAUCAAUUGAAGGUGAAGCUUCUGAUGUGCAGCCAGAGAAUACCUUGCAUGAUAAAGUCAAUUUGGCCACCGAUGCAACGGAGGUUUCAACAUCCAAUGAAGAACCGGAAUCGGCUAAGGCAGCACUGGAUUCAAAGGAAACUAGCUCCCAAAAAGUAUCGAACAAACCGAAGAAAACUGCUUCUCGUGUGUUUGGAAAAAUUCGAAAACGCCGCCAAGCUGUAACCGCCAGCCCUAAAGAUCGGGACAACAACGACCCAGUUCCAAUAUCAACUCCUAUUGAGUCUGAUAUUCCUCCGACCGAGACGGAACCAAAAUCAUUGUUUUCCGACCGGAAAAUACCAACAAAAACAUAUUUAAAGCAGGAUAGGAAGAAGACUCAUAGUCCUUCAAGUACACCUUCCCCGAGAAAACCAGCCAAAGAUGGAGAUCCGAAGGAUACUGAUUCUACCCAAGUCACUUUUGAGACUCCAGCAGAAGUUUCAGAAAUUAGUCCGAAAACGGGCCAAACUACUCCCCAAAAGUCUGAGAAACCUCGGACUUCAUCCAAAACAAAACCAGCGAGUAUCGCAAAGUCCAUCCAGGAUACACCGUCCUGCCGCAAGCUGCGCAUUCUAAUAAAGAGAACUCCCACUACCAAAUACCAAAAAGCUCGUAAAUCCCCUAUCAUAAGAAAAACUCCAACCAAAUCCAAGCGAUUCAAGAAAGUUCUACAAAAAAUCGAAGAGGUGCCUGUUCCAAUACCAGAGGAGCAAACGGAGCCUCCGGUUCCUGUUCCAAAGCCAGAAGAGCAAACAUUACCUCCGGUUCCUGUUCCACAACCAGAAGAACAGACUGAAAAUUCACCUGAAAGUGGACCUGAAGGUACUGAUACACCGCCAAAGGCUUCAGAAAAUGAAGAACCUCCACUUAUACAGCCAUCAGAGACUACUGAAUCGGAAACAAAUUCUUCAGAGAGUCAGUCUGGUACCAAUGAUGAGAUUCAGGAGGAACCAAAGACCACACUGGCUACGGAAGAGGAAACCAUCCCAAAGUCAGACCAAGAAACAUCACCCACUGAUGCUUCUUCCCCGCGUACCGUCAGCGAUGUUGUGGAAGAGAAACCAAGUAGUGCUGAUCCUGGUCCAGAGCUGAAGGAGACUCAGGAUGAAGAAUCGGAACCAGUCAAGCCAGAAGAAGCUUUAACAGAAGCUUCAGAAAACUCAGCUCCUGAAGAGAUAUCCCCCUUAGAAAGCGAUGCUCCCACCUCUCCUAUAACUCAAUCGAUAACAGAAACGGAGACCCUUACAGAAGAAGCUUUGGAAGACGCUCCAAUUACAAGUACUACUGACUCAACAGAAAUCACUCAUGCCCCAGCAGACCUGCCUGAUGAAUCAGCAGUUGUUACUCCUGACCCAGAAUCUAUGGAAACCAGAGAUGAUACUCUUGACCAAGACUCAAUGGAAGGUACUGAGGAAACUCCCAUCCCAGAAUCAGCAGAAACAACAGGUGUCACUGUCGAAUCUGAAUCGGAAGCCAGCACCUCAAGCACUGUGAAACGCAGCUUGCGCAAGCGGGAAGCGGAUCCGUCCCUACCAGAUGAAGCUGCCAAAAGAAAGCAACAACAACUGAGAGAGAAAUCCUUUGGUCAAAAGAAAGAAGCUAUUAAAACAGAUCGUCGUCGGAACCAGGUGGACACUGAAGAUCGACCAGCCGUCAAACGCAACCGAGUUGAUGCCGAGGAAAAGGAAAAGUUCAUCUCUUAUAUAGGCCAAGAUACCAUUCUGUCAUCUGUGAAGAAAACCAAGAGCGAGCCGGUCAAGACUCCGCUUUCAGCGCGAAAAACUCCAGGCGCAGCUGGCAAGAAGUCGCUAGACAAACCGCAUGUUAGUGCCAACCCUGCGGGCAAGAAGCCUCUAGUGCAGACUCUAUUAAGCUCCUCCCUGAAUCUGCGGAAACCAACACCGGCAGACACACCUCCUUCCGGCCGGAAGUCCUUAGGCAAGGUGGAAAGCCCAGCGAGUGAGUCUGAGGAGAUGACGAAUCUUGGCAGCUCCGUUGUGGUCACGAAGAAGUCCUUGCCGUCAAGCAAAAAAUACGAGACAUCCAAGGAUGAUGUAGCAUCUCCGGGAGUCCGAAAAGUUAACAUAUCUGUGUCUGUGGUAAAGUCGAAGGAAACACCAGCGGAAUCUCCGUCCCCUUCGUUAGUUGUUACUCAAACAUCACCAGUGGUGGAGGCUCCAAAGACGACCAGGAAAUCAGAAGUGAAAACUAAAGAUACACUAAUAUCUGCUCCUGGCAAAUCGAAAGCAUCACAAAUAGAUCCAUUGAAGGCGAAGCCAUCGCGAAAAGGGGACCAGGAGCUAUCGAAAAAGUCGGAUCCUUUGGCCUUGACUACGCCUAAGGUACCCCAUCAAGCAGGCGUUGCGAAGAAAGUCGAAGCUAGGAAAACGUUUGGAGGAGCUGAAGCGUUAGCUAGAAAGUCACUUUCGGCAGGGGAGAUUUCUAGGAAAUCGGAGGCAAGGAAAUCCGAGGGAGGAACGUUGACCUCGAGGAAGGCCAUUUCCCAGUCUGAACUUUCUAAGAAGGCGGAAGCUCGGAAAUCUGGAGGAGCCACCCCCAAGGAGCUGCUGGAGACUCCGCAAAAAGUUGAAGCCAAAAAGCCGGAAGAACUGCCCACUGAAGCGUCAACAGAGACUUUGAAAAAUAUGGAACCUGAGGAAGUCGUAAAAACAGCCACCAAAGUUACCAAGAAGACUCUGGCUGAGCGGAAGUCUGAGCUAGUGGGAUCGAAACAAGGACCUGAUACAAUUGCUGCAUCAACAUCCAGAGAUUCCUCGCGAGAGGACUCAGUUCGGGCAACCCGUUCGGAAAAGAACGCAACUUCAGCGCGACCACGCGCCUUGCCAGCGAUUAGACAACCGGGUCACGUGACACGAGCCACCAGCACCAAUAGAUCCCUUGCUGCCACACCGAGCUCUGAGAUCGAGGGGCCGAUGAUUAGAGGUCGAAGGCGUGGCAGAGGAGGGCGAGGACGCCGCAUGCCAGCCCAGAAACGGAAAGCUGACGAACCCGAGGAAGCCUCUGAGCCCAAACGAUCCAAGGAAACGCUCCCGCAAGAGGUUCAACAAGAGGCCACUAAAGACGUGGCAUUCCCAGUUAAAAUCACAGCUGCCAACCUUUCCAAGUCAACGGAAAGGUCCAUUGAAACGCAGCCAGCUAAGCCUGAGCCUAAGAAGGCGAAAAAGUUAUGCGUGAAAAUCAAUCGGCGAGCUGUUAAUAAGUGGUUGGAGCAGCAUGAGAAGCCUCUGCAACAAUCACUGAAAAAAGGAGCUACGUCCAUGGCGGUUGAACCUCCCAAAGAUGCCACUGUAACCUCGGAAGUUAAUCCGAAAGCCAAAUCCAAUGUUGUGCAGCCCAAGGAUGCUUUGAAUGCGGAUUCGAAAUCCCAGCCAUCUGAUUCUACGAUUUCAUCAGAUCCAUUACAAAAUGAGAAAGCCAAGGAACAGCUACCUGCAGCCACGGUUCCUCCAGUACCUUCUCAUGUAGCUAAGGAACCAGACUCUCAGCUUACAACAUCGUUAGCUCCGGUUCCAGCGCCUGUCCCUGCUCCCCAACCAACCGCAUCGGCGCCAAAAGCGGCCUCACAGCCAGUGCCCGAGAAAAGUAUUCCCAAAGAUACCGCCCAACGAAAGGCACCGGUGCCCACCAAGACAAUGCCGCUGCCAGUGCCGAUAAUGGAGGUAAAGGAUGAGCCGGAGGAUAUACCGGCUGAGCCCAUAGAUCAAGAUGUGGCACCUAUGCCCGAGCCCGUAGCUGCCCCACCCGCAAUUCCUACAGUGCCGGUCCCACCAACAAUCAAUGGCCGCCCGGUUAUUAGCAUGGGCUAUCCUUCGGCUGCUCCAAGGGCCCCUUCAUCCAUUCCGUCGGCCAGUGCUGCGUCGUCAGCUAAUCCGAACGCCAUUGGGCAAACGAAGAUGUUUUCGUUUUUGUAUCCCAAUCGCUAUCAGCCAUCUUACGGAAAGGUUGGACUGGACUUCUGCUGCCCCAAUCUAGAUGGACCGAUGCGCGCCAUUGAUCCCACUCGCCUGCACGCCAAGGCCGAGGUACCGGUGCUGGAGGUGCCCCAGUUUCUGGUCAUCACAACCAAGUUUAUAUCGAAGGCUGACAAAAAUAUUCCACACAAGGUGCGCGCAAAGCUGGAGAUGUUGGGAAAGGACAAGGAGCUGGACACCAGUGUCGGCAUGGACUCUUCCAUCCUGACUGACACGGACACUACACAGCCCGUGAUUUCACCUCCUGAAGCUACUCUAGUGACUGUAGCGCCUCCCCCAAUUCCACCUCAUGGCUUACAAAUAAAUCCUCCGAUGCCUGUUGGUUCUAUUACAUCCAUCCAUAUCCCACCUUCUGAACCGGCUCCUUAUCUGGCGUCCGCACAGGACACUGCACUCCCGGAUUCACUGGACUUGUUGACGAAGCAGUUGCCCAAAGGAACUACAUUGGUGAAGAAGAUUGUGCCCCCAGGCACUACGAUCCCAUCGGCGUCGACUUCGUUGGCAGCAGCUUUGUCGGCGACUAGUACCCCAGCCCCCUCCGCCCAAUCCCCACCGGCGCUCAUCCAACUUCCACCGAUUUUCCCGACGGACAAGCACCGCGUGGAGCUGCAGACCCGGGUGCAGAUGUUCGACAUGGUGUUGCAGACACUUAGUCGUCGGGUGGCUAACCUCACACUGGCUGAACGGCAACGCACCAUCGAGGAGAUUGUCAAGACCAGCACCCUGAUGCCCAUCGACGUGGAUGUUGGCACUAAGCUGCUGGAGAACUACGUCCACUACUUGAACAUCGCAACCAACACCCAGACACAGCUGCCCACGGUACGGACGUCAGAAGUGGUGCCAAUGCCAAAAGCACCGGAUGUGGUAGAACCGGUGCCGGUUCCCCCCCUUCUCAGGAUGGGUGGCAAAACGACCUCGGCACCAGCGCCAUCGCCGUCUCCUAGUAAGAGGAAGCCGAGUCAAAAAGAGGCGACUACAACUAACGUCCCGUUGUACGAUUCGGAUAAAAAUAUAAUUGGAUUCCGGAAAGUCACCAAUUUUGACUCUGCUUCUACUAGUUCUCCGGCAGGAACAUGCAGAAAAGGAGCAGCAAGCAGUGGAUCGAAGGCAACCCCGAAAACGGUGGCUCGAAAAAGUUCUGGAGGGACAGUAAGCCAGGCGUCCAACGCUAAGACGACAACGGCAGCGACGGGGUCUGCGACUAGAACGACAAACCCCGGAACCAAGAAAAAAUCGCUAACUGGUGGCACGAUAAUUGCGAUAAAUCACCCAGAACCCCCGGCAAAGAUGGCAAAAACAACACCCGGAAGGACUGUGGCCCAGUCUAAGAAACCUGCGGGAUCACCCAAACCAGGCACAGCUGGUGGGCGCACCACGAAUCCAAAACCGAAUGUGUUGAUCAUCAACCAGCUGGCGCAGCCGGAAGAGUGCAUCCUGCCAGAUUCAAACAACACUGCGGAGCCCAUGGAGACGGAGAUUAAGGGCGAGGUGGAAGACCCCGCGGAGGUGGUGCUCUAGCGGCGGAGAAUCAGUAAACCGAGAAAAAAAGUAUUUUAAGUUACUUUAACACAGUUAAUUAAGCAGAGUUAAUUAUUUCGUUAAACGCAAGAAAGAAUUACAUAUGUAAUGCUAUUAUGAAAAA